AUGGCCCCUGGUGCAGGCCGGCCCCUCACCGACCCACAGAUCCUCGUGGAUGACCGCGGAUUCGCCGUCUACCUCAAGGAGCGCCUGCUCAUGCGGGUGCUGCCGGAGGGACAGCGGUGCGUCUGUGGCCAGGAUGCGACAAACGACCACGUCCACACGUGCCCCCGGCUGCAGCAGCAGCCCCGCACAGUACGCCAUGACAUGAUCAACAUGGCCUUUGCCCACGGACUGCAACUCUGCGGGUUCCACUGUGCCACGGAACCGCGGCUCACCGAAGUCAGCCGCCAGCGCCCGGACAUCCUCGUCGUCGGGAUGGACACGUACGCCGUCACGGACGUGACCGUUACGUACCCGGGACGCGCCACCACAGGCACCGCGGACGAGCCCCUGAGCACCGCCGACCCCAUCCGAGCGGCCAGGGAACGUCUGAGGCAAAAGAGGCAGAAGUACCGUCACUGGGCCCUCGGUAACGGUCUGGACUUUGAGCCGUUCGUCAUGCUGACCAACGGAGCAAUCCACCCGACAAGCCGCUGGUGGCUCAAGCGGAUCCUGGGAAACCAGGACCACCGCCUGACCAUCACGACGGCUUUCGACUUCAUCCUCUCCGACACCCUGGCCGCACUCCUGCGGGGUACAUCCCAUGUGUACAACGCAGCGUGCGGUCGGGUGAGCCGGUCGUAG